UUUAUCAAGAAUGAAAAGUCAGGUAAUUUAGUAGAAAAUAGAUGGAGCUUUAUCGUGUUUCCUUAGUUUAUCGCAAAGAGUUUGAGAUAGUUGUACGACACAUGACAUCCUUCACGCGUUAAUUGGUGUGAGAGUGUGGUUGUUCCACGACUAGGUUUGGAGAUCAUGUCGUCGAAGAAAGCGACUUAGCAGACUGCAUCACACGAGACUGCCACCGAUGAGGAUGUUGGACUGUCACAGAUUCGAGAGAUUCUAGAGGUAAAAUGGGAGACGCGAGCCAUGUUUCUUCAGGAAAUCAUUGAGUGCGUCGCCAAAGUUUGGGUCUUGAAGUUGGAACAAGAUGAGUUGCAAGCCAAUCAGGAAUUGAUGAAAGCGGCGUUGAAGUCUGUGCAGGAGGAUACAAAGACGGGGUUUCAAAGGAUGGAUGUCAUGUUCGACGAUCUUAAGGCGAGAGUCGCGCUGGAGGAAAGGAGGACCGUGGACCAUAUUUUAUUUGGAGAGAAGCAGAAAUUGACGGUCGGAAAUGAAGACAAGGAGGACAUUGCACCGAAACCCACCAACCUAGGGGUGAUGCUACCAGAGCCACAAGAUGGGAAGGUGACGUCGGACGAGGAUGAGGACCAGGACGGAGGAAACAAGGUAGCGCCGAGGGCUGAGCUCCCUCAGUCUGCCACAAGCACAAGAUAGGGAAACCUCAAUGUCGAUAGCUUGUUCGAGAGGAAGCAAUCGCGCCGCGCAAGCUUGCUAGGCUCUCGCAGAGCUCCCCAAGGAUUAAGGCUAAAAAUGGGAGGCCUAAAUGGAGCCUUAAUAUAUGGAUUCUGGCAUAACCAAACUAAAGCAAAGGAGCAAUGAGAGAAUUAGAUAGGGCCCUGAUAUAUGGCCGAUCCACCGCCACACCAGAGAAGCUACUACAACGGGCCGAAAAAUUAUAGGAGUAGGACCAAACUAGGGGGACCUAGUCGAGCCGACCAUGGCUCACCAGGCCAUGGCUUCGUAUAUGGGUUGUACUAUCCUCCGAACAACCAGGGUAAUGAUGAGGGAAGCAACUGAGCCAGGCGGCACCAUGAGCAUAUAGGAUCGGCCUAGCACUAGGAGAAUCGUGAAGGGUACUUGCCGGGAGAAACAUCGGGGCAUCAUGGCGGACACGAGAGUUAUCAUGAAGAAGACAUGCACACUAUGUUUAAACUAUGCCUCGCUCCCCUUGAAUUUCCAAAAUUUACAGGUCUAGAAGAGCCAUUGUGGUGGAUCUCUCGAGUCGAGAGAUAUUUAGAUACCAACACAUUUCGGAGGAAAAAAAGGUGAUGGUAGACACCUAUCACAUGGACGAAGAUGUGAGGUAGUGGAUCAUGUGGCUUGAAGAAGAAUUUUCCAAAUAUAGGAGAGCGAUAACCUGGGAGAAUCUUUAAAGGGAAUUAGUGAGAAGUUAUGGAUCAUUAGAACAAUCGUCCGAACAUGCGGCGAUGUCCAAGAUUCGGCAGACGGGAAUGGUAGACGAGUAUUAGCAUAAUUUUGAAAAAUUGGUGAACCACUGCAAUGGAUGGACGAAAGUAGUCAUCAUGCUUACAUGGGAGGCUUAAAGCCAAAUAUUGUGACUUUCAUUCGUGAUUUCAAUCCAGGAUGUAGAGGGGGAGCAUAUUGUUUGGCUAAGAUCAAGGAGUAAAAGUACCCCUUGGAUAAAGCGAUGUUGCGAUCGACUCAUCGAUCGAACGUGCCUAUCGCCGAGCCACCAAAAACACCAAGUGAGCCAUACCCAGCUAUAAAUACUCAAGGGCAAG